AAAAAAAUUAUUCACUCAAUAACAAUACAUCUGUUUUGAUUGGGUGGCUUCAUGCCCAGUGUUGUUCAAAUGACCAAAUGAAAUGGGUCGCAAAGAAACCUAUUAUCUGCACAUGUUGAAUUGCGACUCAAUGGCUCAGCAAGGUAUCAAAGUGAGGCCUGUCCUGCUGAAAAGGAACAGUCUGGAUUCAGUUGAUUUUAGGAGACAGCCACACCAUCGUAGGAGCAAAUCACAACAAGUCCGAUUUAAAGAGGAUGGAGCAAAUAAUCCAACAGUUGUAGAAUCAGAGCUGGAGGCAGGAGAUACCCAAGAUCCAUGUGUACUGGAUAAAAUACAAACUUCCCAAGCCCAUGACUUAGUAAACAAUCCCUUCUCUUUGCCGCCAUCUUGCAAAGGAUUACAAAAUAUUGCCAUACAGACUUCUCCAAGCCUCAGGAAGCAUUUUCCAGUGUUUAAAAAGAAAAGAAUUACAACAAGCAAGUCUCUAACAGAAAUGCCAAAAGAGUCUGAAUAUGCUUUUCAAGUCAAUGGCAACCUUUCUCAACAGGACAUUAUCUCGUCUAGUCUCUCUUACUUGAGUAUCGCUCAGCGUUUAAAUGAUGGGCCAAAAGCAACAGCAAAUACUUUAUUCCGAAGGGUACCUAAAGCACAAAGCAAUGGCCCUGUCCAUUUGGGUUCUGAUCAACUCGCAAUAUUAGAAACAACUACUGUUUCUACCCAGGUCCCUGAAUAUGCACACCUGGGUUCUGCACUAGACAAUUUUUCCAUUUAUCCGGACACACAAGUGGACUUAAGGAGCUCUACUGAUCCUUCUCCCACUAAGAGGGAAUCUGAGGAAAUCUGUUCUAUGCUAGUGGAGUCUGAAAACUUGGCUUGUGUAAGUCAGAAUUGUAAUGAUGCACAAAUGGGUCAGAAUUCAUGUGAAGAGAAAUGCUACACUGAACUGCCAUCUAAGAAUGACAUUAGCGCUAAGGAAAACUUUCUCCCAUUGUCUCAGUUUCACCACAAUCCUUUACCCUGCUCUCUCCCACAGCCUCAGCAGUCAGUACAACUGCAAGUAGACACUGGCCCUAAGAUACAGAUGAAUGACAACCAAACAACAUUAUUCACUAUCAACAGUGUGUCACCUCUUAUUCCCUCUUGUCAAUCUGUAACAGAAAACAUUUCCACUAAUACCGAAGUGCCACAGUACAACUGCUUAGAAGGCUUUCACAUAAAUGCCUAUCUUUCAGGGGCUGAAACAAAAUCGGAAAAGAAAGAGAUUAAAGAAAUUAAUCAAAUUCAUUUGGCACACAGUGAACUCUGUGCCCUACAAGGCAGACUUCAGUCCGUGGAGGAAUCUUUGCUGUCAAACCAGGAGAAGAUUAAAGUCCUCUUGAAUGUAAUUCAAGACAUGGAAAAGGCCAGAGCCCUCAAUGAAGGACGGAACUUCUAUCGCACUGGCCAAGAUCUCAACAAUUGCAGCACUUGCCAGAACACUGCAUGUAUCAUUUACAGUGUAGAACAUGACUUCAGGCAACAAGAAGAUAGGUUUCACCAAGUUUUGAAAGCAUUGGAUCAAGUGGAAGAGAGUCCUGUUUUGGUGACCCUGCAAAGACAGCCAUCUGAUUAUCCAGUCCCUGAGAAACAGGAAAUAAGAAGAAAGGCGAAGAAAAAGAAAUGCUUCUGGUGGAUUUGAAAACCUUAAAAGAUGGUAUCAAAUUUAAGAUUUGGUCUAAAUCACUCUUGGCCCAUCGUGAAUAGACUUUACAUGUAUGGUCAUCUUCUCACAUGCUCUGAUUUUCUUCUUCAUUUAUUGAUUUUGCAAUAAUUCUGCUUUGCCAUGAUUACAAUAUUGGGAUACAAAAAAUAAUGGCAGCUAGGAAGUAAGGGAAUUAUCAGAGCAUGAGAUCCAUUCAGGAAAAUAAAGAUUUAUUUGAAUGCAGUAUGAGCCAAGUGGAAAGCAUUAUUGCGUGGUUGUGGCAGCAGUGGUGGUGGUAGAUAUUUUGGUCAGAAAUAUGCCUUUUCUAAAUCCAUAUAGAGCUCAAUCUAAAAAGUUAAAAAUCAUACAAUGUAAACCACUCACUUGGUAUUCAGAUUGAACUGUUCUAAAAUAGAGGACAAGCAGGCCAGUAAAAUGAAACCUUAUCUUUCCUUCUUUCCAUAACUUCCUUACCAAGCAAUUCUGUCAUCUGAACAUAACACGAGUAUGAUGGAAAUAGGAACUUGUUUAGCCAACUUGAUUCAAGAUUUUCUGGAGCUGACAGGUUUCUGUUUAUAGUUAUUUUUUAAUAGCUUUGUU